CGCCGUGCUCCGCAGACAUGAGGCGGAAGGAGAAGAGGCUGCUGCAGGUCGCCGGGCUGCUCGUCGCGGCUCUGCUCUUCCUGCCGAACGUGGGGCUGUGGUCCCUGUACCGGGACCGGGUCUUCGACAACUCUCCGGACGCGGUGGAGGGUCCGGGCGGAUCGCCGGCGGUACAGGGCCUGAAUCAGAUGCGUAAAGUCAGUCAGGUGGGACUGGACGGCGUCCGCAGGACAGACUGGCACGACUACGAGGGGAUGAGGAGGGAUGCAGCACGCCUGGGAAACGGGGAGCAGGGGAAGCCUUUCCCUCUGACGGAGAGCGACCGGGUGGACCAGGCCUACAGGGAGAACGGCUUCAACAUCUACGUCAGCGACCGGAUCUCCCUGAACCGCUCGCUGCCCGACAUCCGCCAUGAAAACUGUAAGCAGAGGCUGUACGCAGAGAAGCUGCCCAACACCAGCAUCAUCAUCCCGUUCCAUAACGAGGGCUGGUCGUCUCUGCUGAGGACCGUCCACAGCGUGCUCAACCGCUCUCCUCCACAGCUCAUCGCAGAGGUCAUCCUGGUGGACGACUUCAGCGACAAGGAGCACCUGAAGGUGGCGCUAGAGGAGUACAUGAAGCGGAUGCCGAAGGUUCGCAUCCUGAGAACGAAGAAGAGGGAGGGGCUGAUCCGGACGCGCCUGCUGGGGGCCGCCGCCGCCAAAGGAGAGGUCAUCACCUUCCUGGACUCUCACUGCGAGGCCAACGUCAACUGGCUGCCUCCACUGCUGGACCGGAUCUCCCAGAACAGGAAGACCAUCGUGUGUCCGAUGAUCGACGUCAUCGACCACGACAACUUCGGCUACGACACGCAGGCGGGCGACGCCAUGCGGGGCGCCUUCGACUGGGAGAUGUACUACAAGCGGAUCCCCAUCCCGGCCGAGCUGCAGAAGAACGACCCCAGCGAGCCCUUCGAGUCUCCGGUGAUGGCCGGCGGACUCUUCGCCGUGGACAGGAAGUGGUUCUGGGAGCUGGGCGGAUACGACACCGGCCUGGAGAUCUGGGGAGGAGAACAGUACGAGAUCUCAUUCAAGGUGUGGAUGUGCGGGGGACGGAUGGAGGACAUCCCCUGCUCCAGGGUGGGACACAUCUAUCGGAAGUACGUCCCGUACAAAGUCCCCGGAGGGAUCAGCUUGGCGAAGAACCUGAAGCGAGUGGCCGAGGUCUGGAUGGACGAGUACGCCGAGUUCGUGUACCAGCGCCGGCCGGAGUACCGCCACCUGUCGGCCGGAGACAUGACGGCGCAGAAGGAGCUGAGGAACCGGCUCAACUGCAAGAACUUCCGCUGGUUCAUGAGCGAGGUGGCCUGGGAUCUGCCCAAACACUACCCGCCGGUGGAGCCGCCCGCCGCUGCCUGGGGCGAGAUCCGAAACGUGGGCAGCGGGAUGUGCAUGGAGAUCAAACACUUCGUGUCUGGGAGCCCCAUCCGCCUGGAGAGCUGCGUGAAGGGGAGGGGCGAGGUGGCCUGGAGCCACGGACAGGUGUUGACGUUCGGCUGGAGGGAGGACAUCCGGGUGGGCGAUCCCAUGCACACCAGGAAGGUGUGUUUCGACGCCGUGUCCCACCACAGCCCCGUCACCCUGUACGACUGCCACGGCAUGAAGGGCAACCAGCUGUGGCGCUACAGGAAGGAUAAGAGCCUGUACCACCCGGUCAGUAACAGCUGUAUCGACAGCAGCCCCAGCGAGCGGCGGGUCUUCAUGAACCGGUGCGACGCCGCCUCCCUCAGCCAGCAGUGGCUGUUCGAGCGCACCAACGACACCGUGCUGGAGCUCUUCAACCGGGGCGACAACUGAGGCCGCCGCUCAGUGAGGUGAAGCGUCUUUCGGGGAAAAAGAUCACGUGACCGUGAUCCUCUUUGUUCAGAUAAGACUGGAAGCUACGAGUGAAAAACGCGUCUUCACAAACAUUCCCCGCGGCGCGGCGGCGAUCCGGUGCGACGGCUGAUAGCUGAAGAAGCCGGUCGAUGCUCACGCAGCAACAUCCAGAAUCCAAUCAUACGGCGCACACUUCUGAUGGGGGAGAAGGGUGAGAGGAGCGCGGCAAACCUGGCCGCCCUGUGGAAACCCUGAAACCUGGAGCUUUUCAGACUGAAAUCUGGAUCACAAAGAACUUGACAAGACUGAAAUCUGCAAAGAUAUGUCCCUCUUUCAGACACAGACUCUGCUGGACUUAAUGGAUGAUCUAUUGAAUCUCAUCUUUUUUUCUAUUGUUGCCAUGUUUCUAUUCAGAGUGCCAAAAUACUUUUU